AUGUCUCUCGCUAAAUACAAGACCUUCGCGAGUCCCUUCGCCAAGGUAUUCUUAGGAGCCAUUUUCACCUACCAGGUUAUUUACUGGACUUGGUUGAAGCUUGAGAUGGAUGAAUCCAAGUUUGAGAAAAAUCAGGAGGUCGCGGCUCUGGAGAAGAAGGCAAAGGAAUUGACGAAUGCACAAAAAUGA